CCACAUCCAUUUAUGAAUUUUUAUAUCUGUCCAAAGACUAUCAGUAAUUUAUAUUAAAGUUAAAAUAUUAAAAUAAGAAAAAUUACGUGCAUGACAUCAUUCUUUAUACUUCUUUAAGAAAAUUAUAUUACUUUACGCCUUAAAUGCUGGAUGUUUGAGCUGUGUCAUUUUGCAUGACAGUUACUAAUGCCUGCAGGUGAAGAUAGCCACCAACAAAAAACUAAAGCUAAUACUAAAAAGAAGGCCAAUGCAGAUGUUGAUAAAAAAUCCUCGGGGUUAUCACGAAAUAAAAACGUAGAUGCUACGAAAAAAACCCCUUCGAAAACUAAACCCGCUGAAUGGAAGACACUGGGCUCACUGAAAGUCAGGUUUCCCGGAACAGCUGAUACUAAGCAGAAACUGCGUGGUGGAGCGAAGACCGGCAAGAAAAUUUAUAAGGACGAUGAUGACGAUGACGAUGACAAUGACGAUGACGACGAUGAUGAUGACGACGAUGACGACGACGAUGACGACGACGAUGACGACGACGAUGACGACGAUGAUGACGACGACGAUGACGACGACGAUGACGACGACGAUGACGAUGAUGAUGAAGAUGAUGAAAAAGACAGAUUACGCGCACAGCUCUUAAAAAUUCAAGAAAGAAUAAACAGAAUUAAACCAACUGGAGCACAUCCAAGUUGGAAAAAAGUUGGAAAGUUAAAAAUUCGUUAUCCUGGCGGUAAAUUCGGAAAAAAGGCAUUAUCAAAAGAUGAUGAUGACGAUGACAACGAUGACAAUGAUGAUGACGAUGAUGACGAUGACAAUGACGAUGAUGAUGACGACGAUGACGAUGAUGAUGACGACGACGAUGAUGACGACGACGAUGACGACGAUGAUGACGACGAUGAUGACGAUGAUGAUGACGACGAUGACGAUGAUGAUGAUGACGACGAUGACGGUGACGACGACGAUGAUGAUGACGACGAUGAAGAUGAAGAGGAUGAUGAUGACGACGAUGAAGAUGAAGGGGAUGAUGACGACGAUGAAGAAGAAGACGCUAAAGUCAAAAGGAGGAGAAGGAACAAAGUAGGUAAAAACGUUCGUCGUCGCAACAAGAAUGAUGAUGAUGACGACGAUGACGAUGAUGACGACGAUGAAGAUGAUAGUUUUUUUAGUAGGAUAAAAAGAAUGUUUACAGGUAACAAAUAGUGUUGAUCCCCGAGAGGUGACCCUGCACGGAGGCACGGAUACCCCAGUCACAUCUGCAUGGUCGAAUAGGAUAGGUGCCCGCAUGGGUCCUACAUUCCAGCUGUCGCCUGCAGUCAUUCGCGGAUGCUUUCCGUUUAAAUGUUUUCAGUCUUAUUCUUACUAACAAUCAUUCUAGAUUAAUAGCGCAUAACAGUAGGCGCAUAAAGAAGAUAUUUGCACAGUAUUAACUCGCAGUUAACUCUUUAUGAUUCCUAUGUGCUCCGAAUAUAAACAUUAGAUUUUUACUGA